AUGAGUAUAAUUUGUACAAAGUUGUUUGAUCAAUUUAAUCAAUUAUACUCUUCUUUUAAUCCUUCAUACUUUAUCAUAGGUGUGACAGCAUUUAACUAAGGAAUACAACAUUUAUCUGAUUUGUCUGUAAAUUAUAUGUUAAAAGAUGAAUAUGGUUUAUCACCAGCUAUGAUGGGAUUAUAUUUAAGUUACACAACACUUCCAUGGAUGAUUAAACCAUUUUGGGGAAUCAUAACAGACUCAAAACCAUUACUAGGUUACAGAAGAAAAUCUUAUAUAAUAUUAUUUGGAAUAUUGGAUGCAUUAGGUUGGAUUAUGAUGUCUAAAAAUAAAGAUGGUAGUUUAGUUAGUGUAUUGCUACUAUUAUUUUUGAUAUAAUUAUCAAUUUGUUUUGUCAAUGUAGUAGGAGAAGCAAUAUUAGUAGAAGUAGCGGCAUAGGCAUAGAGAGAAUAACAAUAAAAUAAUUUUCAACAUGGAGCAUCAAGAAAUGUAUCAAUAUUUUUUGGUGUAAGAGCAGUAGGUUCUCUUUUGAGUGCAUACUCAUCUGGAGCUUUGUUACAUUAUUUUACUUAUUAAUAAAGUACACUAUAAAAUUAUUAAUAGUAUUUAUGAUAACCUCUAUUUUUCCAAUGAUUUUAGUUUUUGUUUCAUUUUUUUAUUAAGAAUAAAGAAUAGAUUUAAAUUAGUUGGAUUAAAAUGAUAGAAAAAACAAUACUACUUAAUGUUUAAAAGACUUUUGGUAAUUUUUUAAAAAUCCAUUAAUUUAUAAACCAGUGAUGUUAAUUUUUGCAUUUAUGAUGGCUCCAUCUAGUUCUACAAUUAUGUUUUUCUUUUAUACUGAAGUAUUAGGAUUUGAUCCAAAAUUUUUAGGUUAAUUGAAAUUUAUGGUAAUAAAUAAUUUAAUAUUUCUCAGUAUGCUGUAGCUUCAAUUUCUGGUGUGUUAAUAUAUAACAAUUUUUUGAGAGACAUACAAUUUCGUAAGAUAUUCUUAGUUACAACAUUCCUAUAUUAUUUAUGUUAUUAAUCUAUAAUAAUAUUGGUAACGAGAAAAAAUGUUGAAUGGGGAAUAAAUGAUAAAAUCUUUUGUAUUGGAGAUUAAGUAAUGUUAUAAUUUGUUGGGGAAUUAAAUAUUAUGCCAGUAUUAGUUUUGGCUUGUAGAAUGUGUCCAAAACAUAUUGAAGCUACUAUGUAUGCUAUGUUAAUGAGUACUAUAAAUUUUGGUAUAAUUUACUAAUUAUAAAAAAGGAUCCAUGUUAGGUAGUUGGUUAGGAGCUCUAUUUUUGAUUUGGAUGAAGAUUGAUUAAACAGACUAUUCUAGAUUAUGGUUAUUUAUUGCAAUUACAGGAGUUUUUAUAUUAUUACCAUUACCUUGGCUUUAUGUUGUUAGAGAAGAUGAAAUUCUUAAAUAAAGAGAAAAACCAAUAGAAGAAGAUAAAAAAGAAGUGUAAAGUUCUACACCUAGUACUAGCAAACGUGAUGAAGUAGAGGAAAAAGUUCCAUUAUUAUCAAAUGAAGAUAAUCCAAAUUAAUGA